AUAAAAACAAAUACCCAACAACCCUCAAUUUCUUCAAGCCCUCCCCCCUCUUCACCUAUACACACACUGAUUCAGCUAUAGAAAUGGAGGAUGAAAUGAAGGAAAGAUUUGAAGAUUGGAGAGGAAGAGAGGCGGUUCCUGAAAAACAUGGAGGAAUCCGAGCUGCAACUAUUGCUUGUGUGGUGGAGAUGCUAGAGAACUUGGUGUUCUUGGCGAAUGCGAACAACUUCGUGACGUAUUUCAUGAAAUCGAUGCAUUAUGGAUCGGCGAGAUCGGCGAACAUGGUCACGAAUUUCAUGGGGACGUCUUUCCUGCUCACCCUCUUCGGCGGUUUCGUCGCCGACUCUUUCCUCACCAGAUUCACCUCUUUCGUCCUCUUCUGCUCCCUCGAGAUCCUGGGUCUAAUCUUGCUGACAGUCCAAGCUCAUAGCCCUAAACUGCAACCACCGCCCGAGAAAACGCCUUCGGCCCUUCAGUCAGCGUUCUUGUUCACCGGCCUUUACGCCAUGGCCGUGGGGGUUGGAGGGGUGAAAGCUUCGUUACCUUCCCAUGGAGGCGACCAGCUUGACAACAGAAACCAGAGGCUGGUUUCUGGUUUUUUCAACUGGUACUUCUUCUCUCUCUGCAGUGGCGGUUUCUUUGCUGUUACUGUCAUGGUGUGGAUCGAAGAGAACAAAGGAUGGAACUGGAGCUUCAAUAUCUCGCUGGCGAUUCUCGCUUUCGCUCUAUGCAUCUUCUCCUCGGGUUUUCCGCUGUAUAGAUUCAAGCGGCCGAGCGGAAGUCCGCUGACAAGAAUCGUCCGAGUGAUUGCUUCCGCCACAAGAAACCGAAAAGGAUCUGCGAUAGAUGCAGAGAUGGCUAAAGAUCGGAACUCUACAGUCAAGAACAUUCAUCAGGACAAGUUCAAGUUUCUUGACAAAGCGCUGCUCGAAGAGAAGAUCACCGCGGUGGAAGUCGAAGAAACGAGAACGUUUCUCGCUCUAUUACCGAUCUUCGGGAGCACGAUCAUGAUGAACUGCUGCUUGGCGCAACUGACGACGUUUUCCGUACAACAAGGCGUGAUCAUGGACAGAAAACUCGGCCGUUCCUUCGAGAUCCCCGUCCCUUCCCUAACGAUCAUCCCUCUCUCAGUCAUGCUCUCCUCAAUACCCUUGUACGAAUUUUUCCGCGGCCGCCAUGGAAACUCGCUAGCCUCCUCCUUCUUCCAACCCUUGAAACGAAUAGGCCUCGGCCUCGCCCUCUCGUCAAUCUCCAUGGCCGUAGCAGCGGCCGUAGAGGCCAAGAGAAGGUCCGAGGCCGUUCACCGGAACGAACCCAUCUCGGUCUUCUGGUUGGGGUUCCAGUAUCUGUUCCUGGGCGUGGCCGACAUGCUGGCACUCGGCGGCAUGCUCGAGUUCUUCUACAGAGAGGCUCCCGACAGGAUGAGGAGCAUCAGCACCGCCUUGUCGUGGAGCUCGACGGCAAUGGGGUUCUUCCUGAGCUCGGUGCUGGUCGAGCUGACCAAUGCGGUCACCGGCGGGUGGCUCGGGGGCAAGGAUCUGAACAAGGCGAGGUUGGAUCUGUUUUAUGUCGUGCUUAGUGUUCUUAAUACACUUAACCUCUUUAAUUAUGUCUUCUGGGCAAAGAGGUAUUAGUUUGUUAGUUAGUUAGGCUUGUUGUCUGUGUGAGUGAAGAUAUGUUUUAUUUGUGUGUUUAGCGUGUAAUUAAGUAAAUGCUAUUAUUAUUAAUUUGUUUUAGUUUAUUUGAAUUUGUCC